AUGCUUCUGGGUCUUGCACUAAUAGUCACAGUUUGUCGGAUUGUGGACAGUUCGUCAUCACCGCCCAAAGACGAUAACGAUGAUGAACUUUUUCGAGCAUUAGACAAGGAACUUGAAGAUAUUCUAGAGGAUGCAAUCGACAAACUUCCACAAAGGCUUGACGACUUUACUCUGCAGAAUCUUGAAGCAAGUGGGGAAAUGCCUCCAGUAACUUCCACAGAGGUCGUCACGACCGGUGUGAAUCUUCAGGCCGUGACACCCUCCUCAAACCUGCCGGCGACUCCUCCGAACUUCACCACCGGUAUGAGUCAGGUUCAGGUUGUGACAACCUCCUCCCCAAUGGUGGUGUCAUUGAACAGUCAAGCCGACUUAGCCGAGCAGAAGGCUCUCAACGCUAGUAGUGUUUCAAUGCUUCUCCAGAUGUUGUCGUCGAUGGCUGUAGCUAGUCUACCGGCACGGCCUGGUGUCGUUGAAAUUGCUGAUCGUCUGAUAGCUGAGGCUGUUAAUGAAGAGGUGAUGGAAUUACUCACGAAUACAACCACUCCGACGGAAGAGACUCUUGGGACGCCUUCGACCAUUAGUACUUCGACUGCAGGAGCUCAGUCAGCUUCAGCGGGCCUGACGACGGCCAACACUACAAGUUCACCCUCGUUGGCAGCCCCCCUAGCUUCUUCUCGAACUCCAGAGAUCCACGUCCGGUCAGGAUCAUCAACAACUAUUCCCAAUCUCAAAUCCGUGACGAGUAAACGAAGUACCUGCUUGAAGGAUGCCAUCUGCUACAGCGAUGACGAAUGUGGCAAGGGUCAGUGUCAUGGAGUAUCACUUGGCAAGUGUAACUGCCAUGCUUGCUUGGCAACUUUACCCUGUAAGGACGAUAUGGACUGCGGUGGAUUGACGAAAUCCUGUCAGAAUGGUACCUGUCGAUGUGCUGAG